AUGGCGAGAUGCGAGCGGUUCUGCGCAGUGGAAAAGCGGAGGUCGAGCAGCACAGGCGGCUGGACCGCACGGCGGGCGCUUUGGGAUGGGCCACGACAUUGUGACCUCCAGUUCAGCAGCGCAAUUGGACGGGCUGCCAAUGAGGGCGACGGGCGGGCUCCUCACGGGCGACGCGCUGGCUGCUUUGGACAUGGCGCGCAUCCAUCGAGGCGGUUCGCCCAGCGAUUGGGAUGGAGAGGCAGGCGACGGAGAGUGGAAGCGCUGGCGGGGAGCUUGGCCACAGCUGUUCCCACCUCCCCAGCGGUUAGAAGACGCACGUCGGCCCAAUGGCACUGCGCCAACGGCAUGCUGCAGCUGGCAUUCAGUAUCGAGCCUCCAGCAGGAAACGAGGGCGCGCGUGCCCGUUUCGACCUCUUCACAGCCUCCGCCGAAGUUUCGCAUUCAAUAUAUGGACUGCCCAUCGCCCGCUGCCGACUGUUUCGACUCGCCUCGCUGCUGCGCAUUCUGAGACGAGCCGACGAAACGAAGCCGGCAGUGCCAGCGAGUGGCCAGCGGGUGCCAAACGUGCAACGGGAGUGCCGGCAGGCUGAACAUGCCGAAUCGAGGGCGCUGCAGACGGAGCUUCCUGCAGUGGUGAUGGGUGCGAGUUGGAUGAGGUGUCGGCUCCUGGGCUUCUUCAGCCUUGCCAAGUCGAGUCGGGAUGCCGCCCUGCGAUAG